AUGGAACAAAAAAACAUUACACGAAUUUCAGAAUUUCUUCUUCUGGGAUUUUCAGAGGACCCAGAACUGCAGCCCCUCAUCUUUGGACUUUUCCUGUUCAUGUACCUGAUGGCUGUGAGUGGAAACCUGCUCAUCAUCCUGGCAGCCAUCUCUGACACCCACCUGCACACACCCAUGUACUUCUUCCUCUCCAACCUGUCUUUUGUGGACAUCUGUUUCAUUUCUACCACUGUGCCCAAGAUGCUGGUGAACAUUCAGACACAAACCAAGGUCAUAACUUAUGAAGGAUGCAUAAUCCAGAUUUACUUUUUUGCAUUUUUUGUAGGAUUAGACAACUUCCUCCUUGCUGUGAUGGCCUAUGACCGGUUUAUGGCUAUCUGUCACCCCCUGCACUACAUAGUCAUCAUGAAGCACCAGCUCUGUGGAUUGCUGGUGCUCGUGUCUUAUAUUACAACUGCCCUGAAUUCCUUGUUACAGAGCUUCAUGGUGCUAUGGCUGUCUUUCUGCACUAACUUGGAGAUCCCUCAUUUUUUCUGUGAACCUAAUCAGUUGGUUCACCUUGCCUGUUCUGACACUUUUCUUAAUGACAUUGUGAUGAAUUGUGUAGCGGGAAUUCUGGGUGGUGGUGCCCUUGCAGGAAUCCUUUACUCUUAUUCUAAGAUUGUCUCCUCCAUUCAUACAAUUUCAUCAACUCAGGGUAGGUAUAAAACAUUUUCUACCUGUGUGUCUCAUUUAUCGGUUGUAUCCUUAUUUUAUUGUACAGUUUUAGGUGUGUACCUUAGUUCUGCUGUUACUCAAAACUCACACUCAAGUGCAACAGCUUCAGUGAUGUAUAGUGUGGUCACACCUAUGCUGAACCCCUACAUCUACAGUCUAAGGAAUAAAGACAUAAAGAGUGCUCUGAAAAGACUCUUUGAGAAAGAGAUUAUAAAACAGCCCAUUGUUUUUUGCUAG